AUGGCGGGGAGCGUGACAGUGUGUAGAUGGGACAGGGAGGUGGGCAAAGAUAGCUGCCUCCCCGUGGGCCGUGGGAACAGUGCCACGCCAAGCCUGGUAGACUCCAGGUUUUCUAAGUGGGCCCGGGACUGGUGGUGUCAGCAUCACCCAUUGGAAAUCCAGGUUCCUGGCCCACUCUGGUCCUCUGUGUCAGAAGCUUUAAAGGGACUGAAAAUGAAGGCUUCUUGCCGUGAGAGGCAAGUGUGGAAGAGGGAGCAGCCAGGCUGUCUCCCAUCCCAUCAUGCACUGCUGAUUGGGCAUGGGAACUACUCCUUCUAUGUCCUGGACAACCAGAACUUGCAGCAGCUGUGGGACUGGAACCACCGGAACCUGACCGUCAGGUCAGGGAAGAUGUACUUCGCUUUCAAUCCCAAGCUGUGUGUCUCUGAAAUUUACCGCAUGGAGGAAGUCACAGGGACAAAGGGCCGCCAGAGCAAGGGGGACAUCAACACCAGGAACAACGGGGAGCGAGCUUCCUGUGAAAGCGACGUUCUCCGUUUCACCUCCACCACCACCUCGAAGAACCGCAUCAUCAUAACGUGGCACCGGUACCGGCCCCCGGACUACAGGGAUCUCAUCAGCUUCACAGUGUACUACAAGGAGGCACCCUUUAAAAAUGUUACGGAAUAUGACGGGCAGGAUGCCUGUGGCUCCAACAGCUGGAACAUGGUGGAUGUGGACCUACCUCCCAACAAGGAGGGGGAGCCUGGCAUUUUACUGCAUGGGCUGAAGCCCUGGACCCAGUAUGCUGUCUAUGUCAAGGCUGUGACCCUCACCAUGGUGGAAAACGACCAUAUCCGUGGGGCCAAAAGUGAAAUCUUGUACAUUCGCACCAAUGCUUCAGUUCCUUCCAUUCCCCUAGACGUGCUUUCGGCGUCCAACUCUUCUUCCCAGCUGAUUGUGAAGUGGAACCCCCCGACCCUGCCCAAUGGUAACCUGAGUUACUACAUUGUGAGGUGGCAGCGACAGCCACAGGAUGGCUACCUGUACCGGCACAACUACUGCUCCAAAGACAAAAUACCCAUCAGAAAGUACGCUGACGGUACGAUCGAUGUGGAAGAGGUGACGGAGAAUCCCAAGACAGAAGUGUGUGGUGGUGAUAAAGGGCCUUGCUGUGCCUGUCCGAAAACGGAAGCCGAGAAGCAGGCCGAGAAGGAAGAGGCUGAGUACCGCAAAGUCUUUGAGAAUUUCCUUCACAAUUCCAUCUUCGUGCCCAGACCCGAGAGGAGGCGGAGAGAUGUCAUGCAAGUGGCCAACAGCACCAUGUCUAGCCGAAGCCGGAACACCACAGUGGCUGACACCUACAACAUCACAGACCCAGAGGAACUGGAGACGGAAUACCCUUUCUUCGAGAGCAGAGUGGAUAACAAGGAGAGGACUGUCAUCUCCAACCUCCGGCCUUUCACUUUGUACCGCAUCGAUAUCCACAGCUGCAACCACGAAGCCGAGAAGCUGGGUUGCAGCGCCUCCAACUUCGUCUUUGCGCGAACGAUGCCUGCAGAAGGAGCAGAUGACAUUCCUGGACCAGUGACCUGGGAGCCAAGACCUGAGAACUCCAUCUUUUUAAAGUGGCCCGAACCUGAGAACCCCAAUGGAUUGAUUCUGAUGUAUGAAAUAAAGUACGGAUCGCAAGUGGAGGAUCAGCGGGAAUGUGUGUCCAGACAGGACUACAGGAAGUAUGGAGGGGCCAAGCUUAACCGGCUAAACCCAGGGAACUACACAGCCCGGAUUCAAGCCACCUCUCUCUCCGGCAAUGGGUCGUGGACGGAUCCUGUGUUCUUCUAUGUACCAGCCAAGACGACAUAUGAGAAUUUCAUGCAUCUGAUCAUUGCUCUGCCGGUCGCCAUCCUGCUCAUUGUGGGGGGCCUGGUAAUCAUGCUGUAUGUCUUCCAUAGAAAGAGAAACAACAGCAGGUUGGGCAAUGGAGUGCUGUAUGCCUCUGUGAACCCUGAGUAUUUCAGCGCCGCUGAUGUGUACGUGCCGGAUGAAUGGGAGGUAGCUCGGGAGAAGAUCACCAUGAGCCGGGAGCUUGGACAAGGGUCCUUCGGGAUGGUCUAUGAAGGAGUGGCUAAGGGCGUGGUCAAGGAUGAGCCUGAAACCAGAGUAGCCAUCAAGACCGUCAAUGAGGCUGCAAGUAUGCGUGAAAGAAUCGAGUUUCUCAACGAGGCUUCGGUGAUGAAGGAGUUCAACUGUCACCAUGUGGUCCGGUUGCUGGGUGUGGUGUCCCAAGGCCAGCCUACCCUGGUCAUCAUGGAACUAAUGACACGUGGGGAUCUCAAAAGCUAUCUCCGGUCUCUAAGGCCAGAAGAGCAACAGAAUAAUGUAGUCCUAAUUCCUCCGAGUUUAAGCAAGAUGAUCCAGAUGGCCGGAGAGAUUGCAGACGGCAUGGCGUACCUCAACGCCAACAAGUUCGUCCACAGAGACCUUGCUGCUCGGAACUGCAUGGUAGCUGAAGACUUCACAGUCAAAAUUGGAGACUUUGGCAUGACACGAGACAUCUAUGAGACAGACUACUACCGGAAGGGGGGGAAGGGGCUGCUGCCUGUGCGCUGGAUGUCUCCUGAGUCCCUCAAGGAUGGAGUCUUCACUACUCAUUCAGAUGUCUGGUCCUUCGGGGUCGUCCUCUGGGAAAUCGCCACACUGGCUGAGCAACCAUACCAAGGCUUGUCCAACGAGCAGGUUCUUCGCUUCGUCAUGGAGGGCGGCCUUCUGGACAAGCCGGACAACUGCCCUGACAUGCUGUUUGAACUGAUGCGGAUGUGUUGGCAGUACAACCCCAAGAUGCGGCCCUCCUUCCUGGAGAUCAUUGGCAGCAUCAAGGAUGAGAUGGAGCCCAGCUUUCAGGAGGUCUCUUUCUACUACAGUGAGGAGAACAAGCCUCCCGAGCCGGAAGAGCUGGAGCUGGAGCUGGAGCCUGAGAACAUGGAGAGUGUGCCGCUGGACCCCUCGGCCUCCUCAGCCUCCCUGCCUCUGCCUGAAAGACACUCGGGACACAAGGCCGAGAACGGCCCGGGCCCUGGAGUACUGGUUCUCCGCGCCAGUUUCGAUGAGAGACAGCCUUAUGCUCACAUGAACGGGGGACGCGCCAACGAGAGGGCUUUGCCCCUGCCCCAGUCUUCAACCUGCUGAUCCUCAGACACCGAGGCACGGGCAAACAGUAGCGUGUGUGCCCACUCGGUGGGCAGGGGGAGAGCAGGUCGUAACAAUCUAUUCACAAGCCUCCUGUACCUCAGUGGAUCUUCAGAACUGCCAUUGCUGCCCACGGGAGACGGCUUCUCUGCAGUAAACACACUUGGGACCUUC